AACAUGCAACCAUGUGGGGCAUGUUAUUUUUAGUAUAUUAGUACUAUAUUUUUACAACUUUGUAAGGUCUUCGGCUAAUGCUGUGCCCGUAUACCCAUAAAAGAAGAAAAAGUAAUCCGUGAAAUCGGCUGCCAUCCUUAAACCAAAUAAAUCUUUUCAAACGCCAUUCAGAUAUGGAUCACUCAGGAAGUAAUCGUUAUGAAUUAUUAUUCAUAGACGACGAUGCCGGUACACACGCACAACCGGCAGAAACGGCUCCUAAGCAAAAGAAGCAAACUGCAGCGAACAAUGCGACAACUAAAAAAGCAACAACCGCUGCUAAUAAAAAAACAAGUCCAAAUGCCGAAAAAGAAAAUAAAUCUGGUGCGCUAAACAAGAAUGACGCAAACAAAAAGAUAACGGGUGCUCCUCAAACAAGCAGCAAGGGUAGUCAGGGAGCUCCGGGUGCAGCAACUAACAAUAAUAACAAGAAUCGUCCGAACUUUGAGGGUGGCGAAAACCGUAAGGUUGCAUUCAAAACACAAAACGGUGAAGGUCGCGAACAGCGCAAUAAUCGUCGAAAUUUCCGUGAAAGUGGUGGUGGUGGUGCCACCAAUGAAUUUGCCAAUGAGCAACGAGAACCACGCCAAUUCAGAGAUCGUGAUAAUCGCGGAGGACCACCACGUAAUCGUGAAGGGGGAUUUCGUAAACGUGAAUUUGAUCGUCAAUCGGGAUCUGAUAAAACAGGCGUAAAGGCUGUUGAUAAACGUGACGGUGCUGGAGCUCAUAAUUGGGGCUCGGUGAAACAAGAAAUUGAGGAUAUGAACAAAUCAGCAAACGAAACUGAAAUCACUCUUACCGACAAAGAGGAAUCGUCAAACGAACAAUCACCCGAACAGCCCGCUGCGCCUGAAGAAGAAGAGACCAAAGAAAUGACUCUUGACGAAUGGAAAGCCAUGCGUGGAGAACGCUCCAAACCCCAAUACAAUUUACGCAAACCAAACGAAGGCGAAGAUACAUCUGAAUGGAAGAAGAUGAUAGUGUUAAAUAAAAACAAAAAAAAAGGUGAGGAGAGCAGCGAAGAAGAACUUGAAUAUGACCCGUCCAUGUAUCCUCAACGAGUUGGCCGUCUACAGCGUAUUAUGGAUAUACAAUUUAAUUUCAAUGACGGCCGUAGAGGUGGAUUUGGAAGAGGCCGCGGCCGUGGUAAUCGUUCUGGCGGUGGUGGCGCUGAUAAGCCCCAACGCGUUGAUUUCGGCCGUGCCGAAACAGCCGUUGGAGGAGCUAGGCAGCGCUAUUUUGGUGAUCGACAAAUAAAACGCGGGCAAGUUAAUACUAACUUUAAAGUUGACGAUGAACGUCAAUUUCCCACUCUGAGUUAAGCUCAAUGCGACAUUACGGAUGGCAAAAGAAUCAGAAUCACACAACGUCAAGACAUUAUGCAUCAGCGCAUUUUAAAUUAUAUCAUGUCUUCAAAGCCAUCUCAUCACAUGUAGUCACCCCUACCAUCAUAAAAAAAUUUAUAAAUAUCCCA